GUUGUGUCUUUUGUCGUCGUGCUUCAACUUUUGCUGUUGUGUUCCGGCUUUUGUCGUUGUGCUUCUGCUGUUGUCGUUGUGUUAUCUUUUGUGUUUAUAUGAGCCAUGUUGGCCACCGUACAUUUCCGAUUCUAAAGCGAGCUCAGAUGCAAAGCUGCUGCAGUUCCCCAAACGACCACUGAAGGCUGGUGUCAGAAGGGAGCUCAUCUGAUUGAUUCCAGUGUUAAAACGUCUAACUUUAUCCUAACAAUUAACCUCCUCUCUUAAAAUGCAUCACUGGGUGCAUUACUGAAUAUUCAAAUGUAUUUUUUAAGUUUAAGUUGAGGUUUCCAAUUAAUUUCAAUAAUCUGGAAAACAGAAGAAGAUACAGAAUUUGUGUAUUUCACUUCACAGCUGAAAAAGGUAUCAUUUGUUUCAUUUGUCGUUGGCGUGAAUUUGUAAAUGUAUCUUCCAUCCUUUAGUCUCCUCCAGCAGCUCUAAACACAGCACUUUCCCGCUCCAUAACAAAAGUCCUGGCCCCCGCCCUGGGAUGCCUGUACAUGCCCAUCAUUCAGAGAGCAUGCCCCCCAGCAUCCCCUCUGCAAGCUCUCUGCCGCACAAACUCUCCUCUGUGAACGUAGAACAUCGAGGAAGCUUAGUUGGAUCAGACAGACAAGCGUCACGACCUCCUCCACCAACAAACGCGCACAAGCAGGACCUGGAUUCGCGCUGGUAUGCUGGGAAGGUGACCCGGGGUCAGGCUGAAGCCUGUCUGCAACAAGUCCGCAAGGACGGGGCGUACCUGGUGAGGGACAGUAUCCGGCAGCAUGCCAACCAGCCCUUCACCCUGAUGGUCUUCUACCAGGACAAGGUCUACAACAUCCAGAUCCGGCAGCAGAACCAGAUGUUCCAGCUGGGAACCGGACUCAAAUCUCAGGAGUCCUUUUCUUCAGUUGGUGAGAUCCUCGCCCAUUACUCCCAUUCUCCUCUGCUCCUCAUUGAUGCUAAAAACCGGAGCUCUGGACAACAGAACCAGUGUCUGCUGUCUGACCCGGUUGCAUACUAUAUGACUGGGCAGAAAUGGUCGUAGAGACGGAACCGGAUCAAAGCCAAACUAGAGGAGAAACAAGCACACAAGUCAGUCUUUAGAGGGAUGUUUAGGUUCAGCCUCUAAACAUGAAGGAGUUCUCAGGAUCAAAUAUUUGCUUCGGUUUUCUUUUUUUUAUAUAUUUUAAAGCUAAGCGUUAAAUAAGUGUUUUUGUGCAACGUUUUCUUUCAGUACAUUUACUACAUACGUCAUUCAAACUUCCGAAAGCCUUGUGUUCAAGUCAAGUGAGCUUUAAGAACAUGUUCUAUUUUAAAGGUUUUUUUUUAUUCUUUGCUCCUCUGUUAGUUUAACUCUCAGCUGAUCUCAAGCAUCAAGGAAAAGGCGCUAAUUUAUCAUGAAUUCCCAACUAAUCUGUGAAAUUUAGAAGAAGAGAUAAUGAAAACCAAAACUGUUGCUCAGUUAUUCCUUUAAAAAUAAUCUUUAAAAUAUGUCAUGAAACCCAUCCUUCAAUAGAUUCUACAAUCCAAGAUAAUUUUGGGGCAAAUGAUGUGACUUUGGUUGAAAAGAAAAAGUUUAUCUUAAAUGCAUUCUUUCAAAGAAUUAUGGGAAUGAAUGUAUUUCUUCAUUUAAUCCCUAGAAAAGAUCCUACAUUAUGAAAGUUCACUUCAAAUCAGGGCUCUGAAUGUAUUUGUCUAAUUUAUUAUUUCUACAUACCAAAGUCUUGGUUGUACAAACUCUUUAAUCUCAUCUGCAUCUGACGUUGACCAGAAGAGUAUCUAAAACUAUCUAUUUUGUAUAAAAAAUGUAGUCUUAGUUCAAGUCAUUGGAUGAAAUGUUUCAGCUGGAAAGUUGAUGUGUUAAAGUCAUGUUUUACCCAAAUUUGAUGAAUUUAUUGUACUUUUAGCAGUUUGUAAAUGUACUUCCAUUGUUUUAAAUAAAGUUUGAAGCGCCAUGGUGGUUGC